CGUCCGCGGCCUACUCCGGCUCCUCGCCAUGGCGCGGCCCCUUGUGCCCAGCUCGCAGAAAGCGCUGUUGCUGGAGCUGAAAGGGCUGCAGGAGGAGCCCGUGGAAGGGUUCCGGGUCAACUUGGUAGAUGAGGGGGACCUCUACAACUGGGAGGUGGCCAUCUUCGGCCCCCCGAACACCUACUAUGAGGGCGGGUACUUCAAGGCUCGUCUCCGCUUUCCCAUCGACUAUCCCUAUUCUCCUCCUGCCUUCAGGUUCUUAACCAAGAUGUGGCACCCCAACAUCUAUGAGACUGGUGAUGUCUGCAUCUCCAUCCUGCACCCACCUGUGGACGACCCCCAGAGCGGGGAGCUGCCCUCCGAGCGGUGGAACCCCACCCAGAACGUGCGGACCAUUCUCCUGAGUGUGAUCUCACUGCUGAAUGAACCCAACACCUUCUCCCCAGCCAACGUGGACGCCUCCGUCAUGUACCGCAAGUGGAAGGAGAGCAAGGGCAAGGACCGGGAGUACACAGACAUCAUCAGGAAGCAAGUCCUGGGCACAAAGGUGGAUGCUGAGCGGGAUGGUGUGAAGGUCCCCACCACUCUGGCAGAGUACUGUGUGAAGACCAAGACUCCAGCCCCAGAUGAGGGCUCUGACCUCUUCUAUGAUGACUAUUAUGAAGAUGAUGAGAUGGAGGAGGAAGCAGACAGCUGCUACGGCGACGAGGACGACUCUGGCAACGAGGAAUCCUGAUGGGGCCCUGCUGGCAUUGCAAAACUUGCUUACAAACUACUGAAUUUUACCUCAACUAGGACAGAAGUGGUUUGAAUUUAGGAUCUGUCAGCCCUGAAAUUAACUCUCUACCUCGCAGGGAGACUUGUUCUGCUGUUGCAAAGGAAAUCCUACCACUCUCUUUGUAGAAGAAGCAAAAAAAAAAAAAAACAAACAAAACAAAACCCAAACAAACAAACAAAAAAAACCCAAACCAAGGCAAAAAUCAACCCUGUUUUAUAAACUUCCUGGGCACUGGGUGGGGAGGGAAGGGGAGAAGUUGUGUUGGGGUAUCCAUGAACUCACAGAAUUCGUGGAGCUUGGUGGCUUUGCCUGGAUGAGGAGUGAUGACAGAACUGAUGCUUGGCUGCUCAUCUUUUUUGGGUGUGCUGACCUCCUGCAGCCCUGCAUGGGAGGAACAGUCUCUGGGGCAGCUGUGGACUUGUGUGUGAGCCUUGUGGAGCUUCCUGCAGCCUUUGGGGUGGUGGAGCCCCAGUGGUGGAGCCCUCCUUGGUGGGAUCCUUCUACUGCCCUUCCUGUGAUGCUGGCGCUGGGUCGAGAAGGGCUGGGACAUUGGGAAGGGCCAAGACAUGAGGCAGGAUGUGCUUGGCAGCCACUGCAGGGCUUUAGGGUGGGGGUGGGGGACUGUUUGUAGUUUUUAACCAGCUGGGAGGGUUGGGGUAGUGCUGAUGAGUCUUUCUGCUUCUGUUUUCCUGAAAAAUAUUUAAUAAAG